UGAGCGACCCAGAUUCUGGAGUUCCGUGGUGGGCCUCGUGGAAGCCGCAGCGGCAUUUUUUUUCUUUUCUAAUUUCUGAAUUUUUUGUGGGUUGGAAUUUCGAAGUCUAUGAUGCUAUUGGAGGGUUGAGGUUGCACCAAUUUUCUGAAGACAGACCAAAGCCGGGUAGCCUCAUCGACAAUGGGCUCGCUUAGAAUGAGCCAUGAUGUUCAUGUUACCCGGCAUUCGCGUUUCUAUAGAAUUUCUUUGCUCGUCAUUUCUGAGCUUCUUGUCCUUGAUCUAGAUUAGGUGUCUUUCGUUCAGCGGUUCCACAAUUCUCACUGCCCUCGACAGACCUUAAGCUCUACAAUACUAUUCAAGGACCGCACAUUUCUAAGCCGUUGAACAUGUCCGGCGCUCGCCAUUGGGAGCAAGACAAGGAGGCGACAGUCUAUAUCGGAAACCUGGACGAGCGAGUAUCAGAUGCACUAGUAUGGGAGCUCAUGCUGCAGGCUGGUCGAAUAGUUCGUAUCUCCUUUCACUCUACUUUGAAAUUCUAACAAAUCUCUUUAGGUUAAUGUCCACUUGCCGAAAGACCGCGUAACGCAAACACACCAAGGAUUCGGCUUCGUCGAGUUCAUCUCAGAGGAAGACGCAGAAUAUGCAGCGCGGAUAAUGAACCAAGUCCGUUUAUACGGAAAACCUAUUCGAGUUAAUAAGGCCUCAGCGGACAAACAGAAAACUGUUGAGGUUGGCGCAGAGUUAUUUGUGGGGAAUUUGGAUCCGAUGGUGGAUGAAAAAACGCUGUUUGAUACAUUCAGUACCUUUGGGAACCUAGUCUCUGCUCCAAAGGUGCGCUUUGCGGAUCUGCCCACGUACUGUGCGACAGGAUUUCUAACGACCGUAUAGAUUGCCCGCGAUGACCAAGGAAUCUCCAAAGGAUUCGGUUUCAUAUCCUACGACUCCUUCGAAGCAUCCGACAAAGCCAUAGAAUCCAUGCACAAUCAAUUCCUCAUGAACAAAGAGAUCAACGUCCAGUACGCCUACAAGAAAGACGGGAAAGGAGAACGCCAUGGAGACCAAGCCGAACGCCUUCUCGCAGCGCAGGCAAAGAAACACAAUGUACAAAUCACCCCCCAGCAACUGCCCGCACAACUCUUCGCACCAACUGGCCCAGCCGGCGGCGUCCCCCCAAUUCCAGUCGGCACCGGACCACCCGCACCCUCGGCUCCAGGCAACUUUCCACGGGGGCCCCCGUCAAGGCCUCAAAACGGGAUGACGAACCCCCAUGACCAAGGUUUCCAGGGCGGCGCCACCGGCGGCUUCCAAGGCACCUUCCACGCGCCCCCUCCCGGACCACCGCAAGGCUUCCCACCCGCCGGCAGAGGUGGUGCUCCACAGCAUCACGCACCCCCCCACCAACCACAGCUUGCGCCUCCACCGCAGGGCCUGCCGGCUCGUCCCCCUCCGCCGGUCGGGUUUCAGCCACACCAGCAACAUACGUAUGGCAGACCCCCACCGCCGGUGGGGUUCGCUCAGCCGAUGCACCCUGGCUUCAGUCAGCCGCCGCCUUUGCCGGCGGGUUUCGGAGGUCCACAGCAGCAGGCGCCUCAAGGGUUUCCUGGACAGGCUCCUGGAGCUCCACCUGGGGCUACAGGGUUCGCCCCUCCGGGUCCUCCGCCGCCAGGAUACGGGGGGUACGGAAGGGGACGAUAG